UUUGUUUUGAAUUAAAAUAAGUUAUCAACUAUGGAAGAGCAACUGAUAGCGGAAGUGCGUAAACGAAGCUACCUGUACGAUCACAAAUCGCCGAUGUGCAGAGAUAAGCACCGACGGUACGCUACGUGGGAAGAGAUCGGAAAAAAGCUAAAUCUGAGUGCGCGUUCGACAAAAGACGCAUGGGAGAAGCUACGCCGGUGUCAUUGGAAUGCAAUCAGUCGACGCAAACGGGCGACCGAAUAUGGAGAAAAACCUUUGGCCCCCUGGAAACAUGAAGAGGACAUGGCUUUUCUGCUGCCUCACUGCACACGACGCAACACGGGUAAAUCAGAACCGAACGACGACACUGACCUUACCUUCGACGGCUUUGACGAAACGAAGUCACGCGAUUUCGAUCCCCUGGAAGAGGUGACCCUGGUGAAAAAUGAAGUUCCUGCCAUUCAUCUCGAUUCGGACAGUCCCAAUCACAACGUCUUGUAUGAAAGCAAUAGACGCGUCAGCGUCGCUGGCAUGGAAAGCAAAGGACCGGAAAAAAAGAAACCCCGAUUCCAUGAACCGCAGCCACGGCCCGAACCAUCAUCACCGUACGCCGAUCUGGAUGAGAUUGAUUUGUUUUUCCUCAGUAUGGCCAAAACCACGAAAACGCUUUCGGCCAUCGAGCAGGCCAAAGUGAAGCUACAGGUGAGUCAAACGGUGUUUCAAGCGCAAAUCGCAUGCGUCACCACUCAGCAGACGCCGCCGGCGUCGUGCAUAACCGAACCUAAGCGGUCCGAUUCGGCUGCCUCCCUCAAUUUAGACUUUUGAUAACUCACU